CUGAUCACCUGUCGAGGAAGUGACAGGUCUCCCCGGGUGGGAAGUCCUGGAUCAGGAGCUGGAGGCAUCAGGAGCCGCUGGUUUCCACGAUGAACGUUAACGGUAGUUUUGAUGCCACCUCGUUGCAGAAGCCCGCGUACCGCAAACCGCUGGGCAAACUGUGUCAGAGGCUAGAGGAAGUGAAAUGUUCCUGGAGGCAGAGCUCCGCGCUGGAGCUCAGUCACAGCGAAGCGGCCAGACUGGCCACCGACGCGCUGCUGGAGUCCGGAGUCCCGGGUUACCAGCGAACGCUGGCCGACGAGAGGGAGCUGGGUUUCCUGUCCCAAUUGGAGAUCGACUACAUCAGCCGGAGUGGAGCUGCCAGGCUGCCGAGCCCCUCGGCGGAGCUCCGCGAAAAGGGCAGCCGCCAAAGCUACAGCGAGGGGGACGAGGUGUCGGAGCUCACCUCGGCCACCUACUUCCCCGUGCAGACGGACUCGGAGGCGCCGCUCCUCGACCUGGGCUGGUCCAAACCCCCGAGAGCUGUCUGCCUGCCCUCCGAGUCCCAGAUCAUCUUCCAGAGGGACAAAAGCCACAGCAUCAAGGACACCAUCCGGAGCCUGCUGAACAAAGCCAGGACGCUGAUUGCGAUUGUGAUGGAUCUAUUCACUGACAUAGACAUACUCUGUGAUUUGCUGGAAGCUUCCAACAAACGAACAAUCCCUGUCUACCUACUGCUGGAUGAAAGUAACCUGGAGCAUUUUAUAUCAAUGUGCGAUCAGCUCGACAUACGAAAGGAACACAUUAAGAACAUGCGGAUCCGGAGUGUGGUGGGAGACACCUACUGUACAAAGUCCGGGAAGAAAUUUAGUGGUCAGGUCCUGGAAAAGUUCCUGAUAAUUGACCUGGAGAAGGUGGUGGCUGGUUCAUACAGUUUUACCUGGCUGUCAGGACAGGUGCACUCCAACUUUGUCAUGUUACUGACGGGAGAGCUAACCCAAGAAUUCGAUGAGGAAUUUCGGAGCCUUUAUGCUAUGUCAAAACCAAUCGAUCGAUUCUCCUCCUCUGCAGACGAUGACCUUUCUUGUUACACGUCCAAGCUGAGGAUUGCCGCGAACCACCAUUUUGCGAAGGAAAGGCUGUCAGACGUGGUCCACUCCAACCCGUCAAGCAGCUUAUCUGGGAGCAGUCCUCUCAGUAGCACCCAGGCAGCCACACCUGCGGCUCUGGUGCUGAGGGAACGCAAGCGCACCAGCCCGUGCACUUCCAACAACUGGAAAUUCAGAGAGAGUGAGAGACUGGGCAAUGGCUGGACUCCUGACACACUGACCAGGGCAAGUCCACUGGGCCCCAAACCAAACCACAUACCAGGUUUCCCCUUUGUACUCAAUGCCCACCUUGCAGACCCAGCAUUUGGGAACACACUGCAAGAUCCUGGAGUCCCAUCCAGAAACAAAAUAUCAAAAGAUGAUUCGGAGGACGAAAGCACCAUCUCUCUGCCAUCACCUCCCAUUAUACUCAAUCGUGGGGAAUUACUCUAUCAAACAGAGGAGGAUGAAGGCUGCAAAGGUUUGUAUGACCCUCCGAAGGAGUUUAUGAGAACAGGAGCGCGAAUGACCCUCGGGCAUAGUAAGCUAGAAAUGAUGAAGGAAUACAAUGAUAAGAUGAGGGCCAGGAACACUUUCAGCCGCUUUCAGUUGGUGAAGCACGACUCCUGAGGGUGGCUUUGUCGAACUGGCAGUGAGUCUGCGGAGUAUGGCAUGGUCGGCGGGCAAUCCAAUCAUCAAAGUCACCGUGAAGAGCCAUUUCUGACAUGGAGCCGCUGCCCGGAGUCUGCCAGGAUUCUGCCUCACGGCAGAGUGGGGUCCCUCUGUGCUGAAAUGCCUCAGAGCCCCGUGUGAAGAUCUGAGAUGCAUGUGUUGGACCUUGGGUGGGAGGGUGCCAAGAGAGACUCCAAAACGCAGUGUACUGAGAACUACUUUUGAGAGCUAGAUUAGUGAUUGUUCAGUGGCAGGUGAGGACAAAAGCAUCUUACACUUGCUGUUUGCUGACAGAGAUGAAGAAUUACUGUUCAUUUUUAUUUCCUCCCCUAAGUCUGCUUUGCAGUGUCAGCCAUGGCUGAGCAAAAUUUACACAUUUUGUAGACAUCCUAGCCGAGAAAGACACUCAGUUGCCACUUUAUUAGAUACCUCUUGUACCGAAUGUGUGGUUAUUUGACUUACUGUGUCCUUCCUGGCAGCUUGAACCAGUCUGGCCAUUCUUCCCUGACCUCUCUCAUUAACAAGUUACUUUCACCCACAGAACUGCUGCUCACUGGAUGUUUUUUGUUUUUCACGCCGUUCUCUGGAGACCGCUGUACAUGAAAAUACCAGGAGAUCGGUACUGUCUGAGAUAUUCAAGCCAACAAUUAUUCUACGGUCAAAGUCACUUAGAUGACAUUUCUUCCCCAUUCUGAUGAUUGCUGUAAACAGCAACUGAACCUCUUGACCAUGUUUGCACGCUUUUAUACAUGGUAUUAUUGCCACGUGAUUGGCUGAUUAGAGAUUUUGCAUCAAUGAUCAGGUGUACAGGUAACAUAGAAAAGCUACAGCACAAUACAGACCUUGCAGCCCGCAAAGCUGUGCCGAACAUGUCCUUACCUUAGAACUACCUAGGUUUACCCAUAGCCCUCUAUUUUUCUAAGCUCCAUGUAUCCAUCCAGGAGUCUCUUAAAAGACCCUAUCGUUUCCGCCUCCACCAUCGCUGGCAGCCCAUUCCACGCACUCACCACUCUCUGCGUAAAAAACUUACCCCUGACAUCUCCUCUGUACCUACUUCCAAGCACCUUAAAACUGUGUCCUCUCAUGUUAGCCAUUUCAGCCCUAGGAAAAAGCCUCUGACUAUCCACAUGAUCAAUGCCUCUCAUCAUCUUAUCCACCUCAUUAGAUCACCUCUCAGCCUCCAUCACUCCAAGGAGAAAAGGUCAAAUACACUCAACCUAUUCUGAUAAGGCAUGCUCCCCCAAUCCAGGCAACAUCCUUGCAAAUUAGGUGUACUAAUAAAGUGGCCACUGUGUGUACAUUUUGUUGGAAUACACACAAAAUGCUAGGGGAACUCAGCAGGUCAGGCAGCAUCUACUGAGGAGAAUAGUCAACGUUUCAGGACAAGAUUCUUCAUCAGGGCUGGAAAGGAGAGGGGAAGAAGGCAAAAUAAGAAGGUGGGGGGAGGGGAGGAGCAUAAACUGGCAAAUUCUCUUUGUCAAACAUUCGGUUGGACUGUGUACUGGCCUCACUUAAAUAGGAAAUAUUGUGUUCCAUUAAGAGAUCUCAAACGUUCAAACAAAAUGCAAAAUUACUUACCAUAUUAAACCAGGCUAAUAUUAUCAGAAAUAUUUUAUAAGUUAUUCUUGGGAAGUGGGAGAUGGCUCAGUACCUAUUGUAGAGAGAGUUAUUAUACGUAUAUUGUGUAGAAGACGAUGAGAGGCACAGAGAGAGAGAGGAUAACCAGAGACUGUUUCCCACGGUGGAAAUGGCUAAUAUGAGGCAGCAUACUAUUAAGGUGAUUGGAGGAAAGUAUCAGGGGAUGUCAGAUGAAAGGUCUUUAUGCUAGAGGGUGGUGGGUGCAUGAAACGCCCUGCCAGGGGUAGUGGCAGAGGCAGAUACAUUAGGGACAUUUAUCAGACUCUUACAAAGGCACAUGGAUGAUAGAAAAAUGGAGGGCUAUGUGGGAAGGAAGGGUUAGAUGGAUCUUAGAGAAGGACAAAGGAUAGGCACAAAGGGUGUGUACUGUGCUGUACUGUUCUGUGAUGUUUUUUGGGAGCUUUAUAUUUGCAUACUGGUUACUCUAAACACUGGUAAAGUUUGACUGAGGAAAUGAAAUGUGCAUAUAGAAAUACCAUGUCUUGUAUUUCUAACUUUUAUCAGCCUAAUCCUGUAUAUAGUGUCAAAUCUGUAAUUUUACAGCAGAUCUAGUUGACGUUAAAAUCUUCCACAGUUCACAAACAUGAUAUAAUUCUGUUCUGAAUUUCAAGCUGUAAUCCAAUAUUCUUUUGCACACUAGUUCUUUGUCACUCUUGUAGUUUUUUUUUAACUCUAUCGCAUUUCUUUAUUUUUUUAAAUGCAAACAGGAAAAUGAAUCUCAAGGUAACAUAUACGUACCUUGAUAAUAAAUUUGAACUUUGAAUUUUGAAUGAAGUCAAGGUCACUGCUAUGUGUACAAGUAUGUUAGCAGAGACUAUAUUGACUGGCUGCAUCACAGCCUGGUAGGGAAACACCAAUGAGCUUGAACAGAAAAUCCUACAAAAAGUAGUGGAUACGGCCCAGUCCAUCACAGGUAAAACCCUUCCCACCAUUGAGCACAUCUACAUGAUAUGCUGUUGCAGGAAAGCAGCAUCCAUCAUCAGGGACCCCCAACGCCCAGGACAUGCUCUCUUCUCACUGCUGUCAUCAGGAGGAAGAUACAGGAGCUUCAGGACUGACACAACCAGGGUCAAGAACAGUUAUUACUCCUCAACCAUCAGGCCCUUGAACCGAAAGAGGUAACUUCACUCAACUUCACUUGGCCCGUCAUUGAAAUGUUCCCACAGCCAAUGAAAUCACCUUCAAGGACUCUUCAUCUCAUGCUCUCUAUACUUAUUGCUUAUUUAUUUAUUAAUUAUUAUUAUUUCUUCUUUUUGUAUUUGCUCAGUUUUUGUCUUCUGCACUCUGGUGGAAUGCACUAAUUCGGUGGUCUUUCAUUGAUUCUGUUAUGGUUAUUAUUCCAUAGAUUUAUGAGUGUACCCACAAGAAAAUCAAUCGCGGGGCUCUAUAUGGUGACAAAUAUGUAAUUCAAUAAUAAAAUUUUCUUUGAACUUUGAGGUACAGGGAGAACAAAAUACUUGCCUGCAGCAGCAUCACAGGCAUGUAGACACAGACAACACUCAGAACAUAAA